AAAAUCACACAUCCAAACAGAGACUUAAAUAUUAUCCUUCCUUGCACACAAAGCCGGAUCCCUUCGUCCAAAUCCAUUUCGCUCCCAAUUCCUAAACGGGUCGGUUCCAUUUGUCCUCAUCGCGCGAUAAUCGCUGCCCCUUUGAUUAUCUAUAUCUAAAGUAUUUAACCAAACAGAUCUCAAUUCUUUACUUUAGUAGUUUAGUAUAAAUAUAUGGGCUGAAGUGUACUUUUCAUGGGAGGUGUAGAGGAUGAUGAACCACCGUCGAAACGUGUGAAGGUGACCUCUAUAGAUUCAGGGGGUAUUUCCAACAGUUUAUAUCUUAGACAGAGAGCUUGCACACACACACUUAGUGAUUCAAUGGCUCGGCUUUUGGCAACUGAAGGGGAUGAUGAGGUUGUUGGUUCAAAGGGUAUCAUAAAGAAAGUUGAACUUGUUCGUGUUAUAGCUGAGGCAUUGUAUUCGCUCGGCUAUUCAAAGUCAGGGGCAUGCCUGGAGGAAGAGUCUGGAAUUCCAUUUCAUGCCCCUGAGAUAGAUUUUUUCAUGCAUCAUAUUCUUGAAGGCCAAUGGGAUGAAAGUGUUGCUGUGUUGCACAAAUUUGGCGUAACGGAUGAAACAAUUGUUAAGUUAGCAUCUUUGGCAAUAUUUGAGCAGAAAUUCUCAGAACUUUUAGAUGAUGGAAAGGUCAUGGAUGCUUUAGAGACUCUGCGGACAGAGAUCACUCCACUUUGCGUAAAUUACAAGAGAGUUAGAGAGUUGUCUUCCCUCGUUUUGUCUCCAUCACAAAAUUUACUUGAUGGAACUUCUAGUAAAGGGUCAAAACUCGAAUCUCGUAAGAUAUUAUUGGAUAAAUUGCGCAAGUUGCUUCCCCCAAAAGUAAUAGUUCCAGAGAAAAGAUUGGUGCAACUCGUCGAGCAGGCCCUUGUCUUGCAAAAGGAUGCUUGUAAGUUUCACAAUUCCUCAGUCGGGAAAAUGUCAUUGCUUGCUGAUCAUCAGUGUGGGAGAGACCAUAUUCCUACUCAAACAUUGCAGGUAUUACAAGAACACGAAGAUGAAAUAUUGGUUUUGCAGUUUUCUCACAAUGGAAAAUACUUGGCCUCAUCAUCUGGUGAUCACCUUGUUAUUAUAUGGGAGGUCUUGGAUGCUGGUCAAGUUCUUUUAAAACAUAGAUUAUAUGGUCAUCAGAAAUCCGUAUCCUGUAUAUCGUGGAGCCCUGAUGACAAACAGCUCCUUACAUGUGGAGGAGAGCUAGUUAGAAGGUGGGAUGUUACCUUGGGGGAAUGCCUCUAUAUAUACGAAAAAAGUGGCCUUGGUUUGGUCUCUUGUGCGUGGGCGCCAGACGGGAAGAGUGUAUUCUCUGGUGUUACUGAUAAAAGCAUCAUCAUGUGGGAUCUGGAAGGGAAAGAGUUGGAAUGUUGGAGACGACAGAGAACUCUUAGGAAUGCUGACUUGGGCAUCACUAGUAAUACGAAGGAGCUUAUUACCGUUUGUAAAGAAACUGUAGUACUAUUGUUCGGAUGGGAAUCUAAGUCCGAGCGAUUCAUCGAGGAGGAUCAAAUAAUAACCUCGUUCUCUUUGUCCGAAGAUGGCAAGUUCUUGCUCCUCAGCCUUUGGAACGAAGAACUCCAUCUUUGGAAUAUCGAUGGAAGCCCCAGGCUGGUAUCUAAAUACAAAGGCCACAAGCGUUCCCGUUUUGUUUUGCAAUCUUGUUUCGGGGGAUUAGAUCAUGCAUUUAUCUCAAGCGGCAGUGAGGACUCACAGGUUUACAUAUGGCACAGGCUCUCGGGAGAGCUGAUACUAACGUUGGCCGGGCACACGGGGGCUGUAAACUGCGUCAGCUGGAAUCCGGCAAACCCCCAUAUGCUGGCGUCAGCGAGUGACGAUCGGACGAUACGAAUCUGGGGACUGAAUCAGGUUAAUGUGAACAACAAUGGGAGGCAUAGUAAUGGAGUUCAUCACUGCAAUGGGGGGAGUUGAAGUUGGAAAGGAAAUGACUCAUUCCUCCAUCCAUCUAAUUUCUUCUUAGUAAAUUGCUUUUUAUGUAAAUUCUUUUGCUUAAUAUGUCCAAUCCAAACUAUAGAACAAGAAGAAUGUGAAUUUGCAUUUAGUGUCUUAAUAAUACUCACUGAAAAUCUUCCCACUGCUAAAA